AAUAGCGGCGAACAACGAGCAACACCGAAAUUAAAGACAUCAAUAAAUGUGUAACCUCGAACAAAUUAACAAGCGACGAUUGAGUGUGUUAACAACUUGGUGGCGGACGCUGUCGACACCGUUACUAUUUAACAGUUUUCAUUAUUCGGUUCCGAUAAAGUACCGUUUCACAGAAAUCAUUGUUAGACGCUUUCUCGUUGUCCUCUCUGUGUGAAAGCAAUAGCAACGAGGAAAAAGAAUAAAAGACCUAGGAUUAUAGACUACACAGUGGUCGAGCGCUGCUUCCCAUGUGGAGCAGUUGUCUUGACCGAAAACGAGCGGUGUUUUGUCAAAGACACUUAGCAGUUAACUCACGACCCAUGAAAACUUUGCCGCUAGCCAAACGUUCCGCCUAUCUGUCCAGUCGGUCAUAGGCAGUCGCACCAACCAUGAAGUGGCCCAUCGUCGCAUCUACCUGGCUCAGUGUUGCUGUUGCCAACGUGGUACCAGUUGUGGACCCAUUGUGUUCGACGAAUAUUGCCAACAACAACAGGACCAGCAUACAAAUGGCAAUUGAUUGUGACGACAGCGACUUGUACGACGCUAUCAAUGGAGGUUCCGUAACGAAUUCGAACACCUCUAUCGGUUCCUGGUCCUCUUCAGCCUCAUCGAUGGCCUCGUCGUCGGCGGCGUCGAAUGGGGUGCUGACAGGCAGCCAGAGUGUCAAUGCCACGAGCUCUGUUAGGGCGAAUUCACUGACGAGGGAGCCGAGGUAUCGUCCCUUGGUAGACACCAUCGUUGGGACGGCGGUUCUUGGCGCCAUCCUUCUUAUCGGAGUUGCAGGCAAUAUAAUGGUUGUUGCAGUGGUCGCCCAAACGCGCUCAAUGCGAACUCCGACGAACUGCUAUCUCGUCUCGUUGUCAGUAGCCGACCUCAUGGUUCUGCUAUCGGCAAUCCCGAAUGAGAUCCUCGCCCAGUACAUCCUUGAGGACGAAUGGAUCUUUGGCCGAGCUGGCUGUGCAAUGUUUGUUUUUUUCCAGUACCUGGGCAUUAACGCCUCGUCUUUAUCAAUUACGGCAUUUACCGUCGAGCGAUAUAUCGCCAUCUGCCUGCCAAUGAAGGCGCAGACCAUGUGCACGGUGAAACGUGCUAAGAAGAUUAUCCUCGCUGUGUGGUUGUUUGCGCUGUGUUACUGUUGCCCAUGGUUAUUUUUUCUUACGACGACACGGCCAAUCUACUACCGGGGCCAGGAGCACCGUUACGUGGAGACGUGCACGUAUUCACUGCACCGAUCGUUCUAUAUGCGUUUUUUUUUUGCCGACAUCAUUCUAUUCUAUGUAAUUCCGCUCAUUCUAUCAUGUGUCUUGUACGGGCGAAUGGCCCAAGUGUUAUUCCAUACGGACAUUGGUGCGAUGACGACGGCAGCGAAGACUGCCAACGGGCAGACUACAGCUAAAGUCAAUGCUAAUAUGAACAACCAGUCCAGAAUUCAGGUGGUGAAAAUGCUGAUCGUGGUCGUUGUACUUUUCGCGACGUUGUGGCUACCAUAUCGUGUGCUGCUCGUCUAUAAUUCGUUUGCCAGCAAGCCUUACCUCGAGCUGUGGUACCUGAUGCUCUGCAAGACGCUCAUCUUCGUCAAUUCGGCCAUCAAUCCUGUGCUCUACAACGCCAUGUCGGUCAAGUUCCGGCGGGCCUUUCGGCGGACCUUAUCCUGCGAUUCUAAAAAUCGUUUCGAAAAUCGCACGUUUACUACAACAAUGACAACGGUCAGGCACACGAUAAAGCCGAAGGAUCAAUAUUGACGGGACGCGAACUCCUAAAUUACUUUUGCCUAGAAGCUCGCAGAAAUGAGGCAAACAACCGAUUUCGAGAAGUACCUCGUCGUAAAUGGCAACACCUCAACGCCGAACGACACAGAAAAUUCGUCGAAAAUUGCGCUUGCCGAUAAACCUAACCAAGAGAAUAAGAAUGAAUGCAACCUGCAAGCUGCGACUCACCAUUGUUAAACGACUUCACAUCCCCCUUAGGCAGCCCUGUUUCGAAGAUAUUUUGUUGCAGAAAAUCGCGAUGAUAACUCAGUUUUACCCUGCACAACGUUGAUAGUAUUGCUGACCCAAUGCUAAAACAGCUAAAUCAAUGAGUUCACAAAAGUCAUGGCCGCGAUUUUUCAACGUAGGGACCUGUAACUGGUCGUCAUUGAAUGAGUAAAUUGAAAGAAAAACAUUAAAUUGGAAUUUUCCUGACUGAGUAUAAUUAUAGUAGUAUCGAUAAAGUGAAUUAAUGUACACUAAAUAUGAAUCUAUCGUAUACAUUUUGGUGGAAUGUAGCACUUAAAUGUGCUUUGAGCACAAAAAAAAAACAAGCAAUAGAUAUCAAUGCCUGAUAUCCUAAAAUUAUAGUUUGUACCGUUGAUGCAAUAGACCAUAACUGCAUUGGCCAUUGGGUCGUUGUGCUUCUGCAGACUGCAGAAUCGUCCAACGUGUGCAGAUUCUCUGAUUCGCUUCACUGACGUAUUGCGUUUUGCCAGCCGCCAAGGUGCACUCAAACAAAGUCUACCAUAAGUCGACUUCUGCGUAUUUAUAAUCAUAUACCCUCACAUCGUGUACUUUAACAUCCUGUUUGUGUCGUACCAACAAACAAAUCAACUUCCUACACGUUUCGCGUAGCUUCCGCCAAUAGCCCAGCCCGCGCAAUGAAAUCAGUCAAUAAAACAAAACCCGAAUGCGCGAGAUGCACCCAAGACGAAUCGAGAGUCUUUUAUCUGCAGUUAGAAAGGCAAACGAAGACUCUUUUGUUUGCUUCCGACGUGAGAAUUCCCGUACCACGAUAUUAUUCGUAAGAUGAGUGGAUCUGGGAGGAGUCGGGGAAAAUGUUAACCAGCGGGAAUAACUGAACGAGACCGAAGUAAAAUCGAAUUGAAGUUAGACCGAGUUUAUUUUGCUUCCAGUAAUCAGUACUACUAUUGCUUAUGCUAAUAGAAUACUAAAGGAAAUAGAUUCAGCCUCUCUUAGUUGUUUCGUGAGAACGAAUUUUACGUGCAGACGCAUAGACCAACACACACACACACACACACACACGUACACGCCCAUGCCGGCAUGAAAGGAUAAUAAACAGCAUAGAAUUAUGAUAUCUGUAUGGGAUGCAACUGCGGGCGUCGUCGGAAAAAAACAAAAGGUAAGAACAACAAUCACAUUUUGUAGAUUAAGAGCAACACGCCAUGUUUUCAUGGUAUCAAUUCAGACAAGUAUAGAGAGUAUAAAAAAAAAUGUGAUCUAAUUAACAUUUUUCACUUGGCCAGGCGGCGAAAUGGACACUCAAGGCAUGUUAAAGUUACUAACUAAGACAAUUUCUUUCAAAAAGCUAGGCUGUUUACGAAGUCCAGAACUCUUCACAGCGGAAGCAGGUGGGUGGUGUAGCAGCUUGAGGUAGUUCAUCUAUGCAUACACAUAAACCACUAGGACCGUAUAACGGACCAUUGUAGCGGCAGUACAUGCAAAUGUAAGAUGAAUGCAGCCUUAACACUGUCGAUUGACACAGACAUUUAAUUUUAAUCUGUAUCUUUAAAAAUAUUUUCUAGUACAGUUUAGAGUAAAAAAAAUAGUCCUCUUCCUAUGGCGGGAUCAGAUUAUCAUAAGUAGAGAUUCCGAGCAAGGAACAUACGACGAAUAUGUUGAAAACAUACAAUGGAUCUCAGUAAAUCCGAAGAUGACUUUUGCCGUGACAAAUGGCUCUAUCUAUUGUGCAUGAGAGCAGAAAACCCGUUGAGGCAUUUCCUAUUAACUCCGGGAAAGAAUAGGCCGGCUUUGAGCAAGGCACCAACAAUCUGUAAACGACACCAGUCUGUCACACAGUUUUGUAAAACGGCUAAAAAAAAAAAAUACGGGGUACAUCUACGAGACAGAGUAACGAUCAGACUCUCUUCUAGAGUUACCCACAACAUGUAAAAAAAACUGAUUAAAAAAGAGCAGUUUUUCAUAAGAUAUUUUACCUUAUUGUACAGUAUGAUGUUAUAAACGAGGGUUGAUGAAUAUAUAAAUGACAUUGAAAAAAAACAGUCGAACCUGGUGUAUAUAUUUAUUCUUCUCACUGAAAAACGCCUCCAUAUGUAAAUGUAAUAGAAUAAUCCGAGCAGGAGGUAGAGGUGGACAGGGUAAGAAAGGGCAAGAAACGAGAGUGUCCGAUGAAAGAGAAAUGGUCUCUAUGCUGUGGUGUUAAUAAAAGCGUCAAAAUAUUUGUCGGGUU